AUGUAUCAACGAAAAGGGCUACAGUUUAGUGAUUGCAACACCCCAGUACUACCCCACCCAGGAACCACUCUCACCCCACCCAGGAACCACUCCCACCCCACCCAGGAACCGCUCUUACCCCACCCAGGAACCACUCUCACCCCACCCAGGAACCACUCCCACCCCACCCAGGAACCACUCCCACCCCACCCAGGAACCACUCCCACCCCACCCAGGAACCACUCUCACCCCACCCAGGAACACUCUCACCCCACCCAGGAACCACUCCCACCCCACCCAGGAACCACUCCCUCCCCACCCAGGAACCACUCUCACCCCAUCCAGGAACCACUCUCACCCCACCCAGGAACCACUCUCACCCCACCCAGGAACCACUCCCACCUCACCCAGGAACCACUCCCACCCCACCCAGGAACCACUCUCACCCCACCCAGGAACCACUCUCACCCCAUCCAGGAACCACUCUCACCCCACCCAGGAACCACUCCCACCCCACCCAGGAACCACUCCCACCCCACCCAGGAACCACUCUCACCCCACCCAGGAACCACUCUCACCCCAUCCAGGAACCACUCUCACCCCACCCAGGAACCACUCUCACCCCACCCAGGAACCACUCCCACCCCACCCAGGAACCACUCCCACCCCACCCAGGAACCACUCCCACCCCACCCAGGAACCACUCUCACCCCACCCAGGAACCACUCUCACCCCACCCAGGAACCACUCACACCCCACCCAGGAACCACUCUCACCCCACCCAGGAACCACUCUCACCCCACCCAGGAACCACUCCCACCCCACCCAGGAACCACUCCCACCCCACCCAGGAACCACUCUCACCCCACCCAGGAACCACUCUCACCCCAUCCAGGAACCACUCUCACCCCACCCAGGAACCACUCCCACCCCACCCAGGAACCACUCUCACCCCACCCAGGAACCACUCUCACCCCACCCAGGAACCACUCUCACCCCAUCCAGGAACCACUCUCACCCCACCCAGGAACCACUCUCACCCCACCCAGGAACCACUCCCACCCCACCCAGGAACCACUCACACCCCACCCAGGAACCACUCUCACCCCACCCAGGAACCACUCCCACCCCAUCCAGGAACCACUCUCACCCCACCCAGGAACCACUCUCACCCCACCCAGGAACCACUCCCACCCCACCCAGGAACCACUCCCACCCCACCCAGGAACCACUCUCACCCCACCCAGGAACCACUCUCACCCCAUCCAGGAACCACUCUCACCCCACCCAGGAACCACUCCCACCCCACCCAGGAACCACUCCCACCCCACCCAGGAACCACUCUCACCCCACCCAGGAACCACUCUCACCCCAUCCAGGAACCACUCUCACCCCACCCAGGAACCACUCUCACCCCACCCAGGAACCACUCCCACCCCACCCAGGAACCACUCCCACCCCACCCAGGAACCACUCUCACCCCACCCAGGAACCACUCUCACCCCACCCAGGAACCACUCACACCCCACCCAGGAACCACUCUCACCCCGCCCAGGAACCACUCUCACCCCGCCCAGGAACCACUCUCACCCCACCCAGGAACCACUCUCACCCCACCCAGGAACCACUCCCACCCCACCCAGGAACCACUCCCACCCCACCCAGGAACCACUCUCACCCCACCCAGGAACCACUCCCACCCCACCCAGGAACCACUCUCACCCCACCCAGGAACCACUCCCACCCCACCCAGGAACCACUCUCACUCCACCCAGGAACCACUCUCACCCCACAUCAGAGGGGUGCAAGGCAAGGAGCACCUGUUCACUGGUAACCUGA